AUGAGCGUCAAGCAGACACCGUCCUCAUCCACGGCGGCCGCCUUCUACGCGACGCUGGCGCGCGGCCUCGACGACCUGGACCGGGCGCUGGCGGCGUCCUCGUCCUCGUCGGCGUUCCUGUCGCUUCCCACGCUCCGGGCCGCGCUGGCGCUGCUUCAUGCCGCGCACGCGGGCCUGGCGCGCCUCGUCGCGUCGCUCCACCUCCCGGGGGGCGCGGCCUGGCUGGACGAAUACAUGGACGAGGCGUCCAGGCUCUGCGACGCGUGCCGCGCGCUGCGGCUCGGCGCCGCCGCCGUCGAGGGCUACGCCGGAAGCGCCGCCCAGCUCGCCUCGCUCCUCAUGCAGGCGCCCUCGAGCCCCCACCUCUCGAGACAGGUGUCGCGUGCGAUCAGCGUGUGCAGGCGCGAGGCCAUGGCGCUCAAGGAGGAGAACCGCGCGCUGGUGGAGACGCGCGCGGAGGCGCUGGCGCUGUGCCUCAGCGAGGGCGUCCCCGCUGACGCCAAGCUGGGCGGUUUCAACGGCUUCCGCGGCGUGCUGUGCGCCACCCGGAUGCUCACCUCCUUCCUGCUCACGCUUCUCUCGUGGGGCGUGCUCCACUACUGGCCCGCCCCGAACGCGGGCGCCGCGGGGGACUGCGCCGCCUACUUCGGCGCCGCGUUCGCGUCGGCGCUGUCCCGCGCGCAGCAGCGCGCCGCGGCGGAGGCCGGUAGGUCCGUGGCCGCGCCCGCGCCCGGCGCCGCCGCCGGGGUGAUGAUGCACGAGUUCCGGCGCGCGCGGGCGGCGGUGGAGGAGGCCAAGGACGCCGUCGAGCGCGGCGGCGACGUGGCGGCGGCCGCGGCGGAGGUCGGCCUGCGCGCGGGCGCGCUCCGGGCCGCGUGCGAGGACGUGCUGGCGCUCAUUGACGACCUGUUCGACGAGGUGGUGGAGGCCAAGAAGAAGCUGCUGGACCUCUGCAGCGGCGGCGGCAACUGA